AUGGGAAAAAGCAAGAAAAGGUCACGCAGCAAAGACAGGGAGAAGGAGAUGUGGAAGAAGUUAAGGAGCCUAGAAAGACUGAUCGAGUCGCGCCUGCCGGCGUCGGCACAACCUGGCAUAGACGAGCAUCACGACGAGAUUUCAGGUAAAAAUGAGAUUGAUCUCGGACGAGAGCCGAGGCAAGAAUCUCAAACGAGGGUGAGCUUGGACGAGAGCCAAGACAAUACCCGAAAAACAGAGGAUUUAACGAUCAUCGACGAGGUCCGCAGAGACAUCGAUUCCGAAGCAGCCACACCAACAGACACAGCGACAGAAGUCCAGACGAAUACAAACACAGCGAGUCAUCAAAACGACGACAUGAAGGGAAAGGAAGAAGAGACAUUGAAAUUAGACGAGGAGACCUUGUUAAUUUUGGGAGAGGAGCCCCCGAACGAAAAAGAACUGGAAAUUCACACCAGUUUGGCCAAUCGCUGGAAACCUUGGAUUCAAGAAGGCCUCAAGAAGGAGACAAAAGAUCUCCUACUGACAAAAUACCCAAGAUCAGGCAACUGUGACUUGGAGGCUCCGGUCUUGAAUCAGGAACUCAGUAUGUUAAACGCAAGCAUACUAAAGAAGGAUAAAUAUUUUAAAAUCACUCAAAACCUAGCGGGAUCAGCGCUCUCAGCGCUCGCACCGGUCAUAACGGACUUAGUCCCCAUUAAGUCAAACGAGGCGAGGAAGAUGCUGGAAAACUUGUGGGACGCAGCAAAAUUAAUAGCUGAGAUACAUCACUCCCAAUCGGUGGCCCGAAGAGCAUGCAUACUACCGUGUGUCUCAAAACAGAUGGCAGAGCACUUGUCCAAGAAGAAAACGGACAAAUUUCUCUUCGGCGAAAACUUGGGAGACAGGAUUAAGGAGUUCGUCAAAACCGUCAAACUGGAAGGGCCCGGUUGUUCCUCGCAAGUCGGCUACGCAAUCGGGCCCCAAGCAGAAAUACCAGACGAGGAAGCCGACAUCAGAAUCUUCGAGGAGGUCGGACUACACGAGAUCGAGCAGUUACCGGGCCCAUCCAUACAGAAGCCGGACACGUUAAGAUCCGACGAAAGUCAGGUACAGGAGAUCGCGGGAAGAUUAUCUAACUUCCAAAAUACCUGGAAAUUUAUCACGUCUGACCCCCUUAUAUUGGAAUGGGUCAACGGAUAUAAGAUUCCUUUUGAAUCCCUUCCCCAUCAGGACCAGAAACCUCCCACGAGGCAAUGGUCCCAAUCAGAGUUCAUAGAAAUACAAAAAGAGAUAAACCGACUACGAUCAAUCUCUGCGAUAACGACUUGUGUAGCAACAAACGGUCAAUUUAUAUCAAGUUAUUUUCUCAUACCAAAAUCUGACGGGAAUUAUAGAUUUAUCCUAAAUCUUAAAAAAUUAAAUGAGUUUGUUAAUACAGAACACUUUAAGCUAGAAGACUUAAGAGCCGCCUGUAGGAUACUAACACGGGACAUGUUCAUGGGUACAAUUGAUUUAAGAGAAGCUUACUUCCUGAUCCCUAUACACACAGAGUUUAGGAAAUUUCUUCGCUUUGAAUUCAAUAACCAGCUAUACGAAUUCACAUGCUUGCCGUUUGGUCUUAGUUCGUCCCCUCUAGUCUUCACAAAACUAAUGAAACCAGUUAUGAAUUGGUUAAGAUCACGGGGUCUCUUAUCCGUCAUUUACCUAGAUGAUAUACUAUGCCUUGGAGAGUCUUAUCGCAAAUGCCAAGUCAAUAUUCGGAUUACCUGUAGUUUGUUAGAAGCACUUGGAUUUAUAAUAAAUGAAACAAAAUCGAACUUAAAUCCAGGUCAAAAAUGCAAAUAUUUAGGGUUUUAUCUGAAUUCAAAGGAUAUGUCCGUAGAAUUGCCAGCCGAGAAGAAAGCUAGACUACUCACACAGAUCCAUAAUCUAGAGAGGGAAAAAUCAUGCUCGGUUCGGAAAUUGGCCCGACUUAUUGGUUCGCUGGUGGCAAGUUGUCCGGGCGUGGAAUACGGUAUGAUCCACUCGAAAGCAUUAGAAAGAGCAAAAUUAGAAGCAUUGAAUGGGGACCAUACGGACUUCGAGAAGAGAAUGCGGAUUCCAGCCGUCAUAAAGGAAGAUCUAACUUGGUGGAAGAAAAAUUUGGUAAAUUCUAACAAGCGGAUAAGAUUAAUGGAGUUUAGGAAAGAGAUUUUUUCGGAUGCUAGCAUGACAGGAUGGGGUGCCUUCUGCGAAGGGAAUAAAGCUCAUGGUCUGUGGAGCCACGAAGAAUCGAAGCUACAUAUAAAUCAAUUAGAACUGAAAGCUGCUCUUCUGGCACUCAAGUGCUUCGCCAGGAAUCUGUCAGAAUGCGACGUCCUACUCAGGAUUGACAAUACUACGGCCAUGGCAUACGUAAAUAGAAUGGGAGGUGUAAAAGCUGACCAUCUACAUGCAGAUGCCAAAAAAUUCUGGAAUUGGUGCGAAAGACGGAAAUUAUGGGUAUUGGCGGAAUAUAUUCCAUCCAGAGAAAAUGUAGAGGCUGAUGCCCUAUCCAGAAUAGAAAACUUGGACAUCGAGUGGGAGCUGUCAGAUUACGCAUUCCAGGGAAUCAUUAAAUCUUUUGGAGAACCCGAAAUAGACUUAUUUGCAUCAAGAAUAAACUCAAAGUGUAAGACAUAUUGCGCUUGGAAAAGAGACCCCGACGCAAAAGCCAUAAAUGCAUUUACCCUUAAGUGGUCGGACUUAGAUUUUUACGCGUUUCCUCCCUUCAGCAUGAUCGCAAGAGUACUACAAAAAAUUAGGAACGAUAAAGCCUCGGGAAUAGUAGUUGUCCCCUUGUGGACGGGUCAGACGUGGUUUCCGGACACGUCACCAUCCGCUAGCAGCAAAACUUACCCUGGUUGCCGCCAGGCUAUCAGGGAAGCGCUAAAACACAGAGGAGCAUCGGAAGAUUCAAUAGACAUAAUGCUAAGAGCAUGGGAGGAUUCGACAUUGAAACAAUACAACAGCACGUUAGCGCUAUGGUGGACGUUCAACAACGAGAGAAAGAUGGACCCACUAGAGGUGUCGGCGGCCAAGGUACUGGAAUUCCUAACAAAAAGAUACAAGGAAGGUGCUAAUUAUGGAACCUUGAACGCAGCAAGAUCGGCAUUGGCAACCAUUUCUGCGGAGGAUAUCGGAGCCAAUGGACUAAUCAGAAAAUUCAUCAGGGGAAGCUCAAAAUCAAGGCCAAGUAUCCCGAGAUACGACGCGACAUGGGACGUCGACCCAGUACUAAGAAAAUUGGAGGAGUGGUUCCCAUUAGAGGCCUUACCGUUGAAACAACUCUCGUAUAAAUUAGUACUGAUGAUGGCGCUAGGAACGGCGCAUAGAUUACAAACCUUAGCCUCAAUCCGGAUCUCGAACAUCCUCAAAUCCGACGGGGGAAUAGAAAUCAAGAUCCCCGAAAGAAUAAAGACAUCGAAACCAGGUAGAAAACAACCCCUCUUAAGACUUCCAUUCUUCGAGGAAAGACCAGGACUUUGUAUUGCUAGGACGUUACUACACUACCUCGAGGCCACCAAGAAGAUAAGGAACAAUGAAGACAAGGUAUUUAUCUCCGUGCAAAAACCCCACAAUAAAGUAGGGGUGGAUACUUUGGGUAGAUGGAUUAGAUCAAGCCUCACGAUACUGGGAGUAGAUAAAAGUUUUACGGCACAUAGUACCAGACAUGCAUCGACAUCCAAAGCAUAUAAAAAAGGAGUAAGAAUCGAGGAAAUAAAACAAGUAGCAGGUUGGUCGCGGAGCUCAAAAGUGUUCACAGAAUUCUAUAAUAGACCCGUGACGAUCCAAGAAAAUUCAUUUGCAACAACGGUAAUGUUACCAUCAGAAUGA